UACGAGUCAUGUUAAAGAUGCACUUAAUAUUGCUGAAUGCAUAUAUGGAAUUGGCAAACCUCAAUCAACACCAUCUUUAAAUUUACCGAUUGAAAGCGGUCCUUUAAACACUGUUCUUGAUAUGUGCAUAAAUGGAAAACAAUUUCUUUUGGGAUUAAAAUACUACAACCAAGCCAUCAAAAAAUAUCCAGACAUGGAGCAUGACAUUAAUCUUUACAAUAGUUUGAUGACUCUUUAUAAUUCGACAUUUCAAUUUGAUAAAACUGUAGAAGUGUUUAAUGAUAAAAUAAAAGAUACAGGUUUAAAACCAAAUAAAUUAACAUUUGAAGUAAUGAUGCUUGCAUGUCAUAAUCUCUGUGAUCUAGAUAGUCUGAAAUAUUUCUUUGAUAAUUACUUGGAAAGAGGAAUUGAUCUGGGAGAACUGGAUCUGAUGGGAUUAAUUAAAUUGUCUCUUAAGAGAGCCAGAAUUGAUGGAGGUCCUAAUGAUGCUGUUUGGUUGCUGGAUAAAUUAGAUGAAAUGGAUCCUUCCAAAGAAGAAAAUAAAAAACUUCCUCAGAUUAAAAUCAUCGAUCAUCUGUCAUACUUAAGUACCAUUUCUAUGGCUUAUGAGAUUGCAUUAGAGGUGGAGGAUUUGCCAGAAGAUAAAAAGGCUUGA